AUGCCACCUCAUCUAAAAAACACUGAUCGGGAAUAUCACCUUCCCGAACCAAGUAAAUUUCAAACGGAUAAACUUUCUUUCUUAAAAGAAUUUUCAUCGCAAUAUGGUUACGGAGGGAGAAUUGAGCAAAUACGAGAGAAGGAGUAUCCGCAAUUAAAAGGUGAAGUAUAUCUUGAUCAUGCUGGCACAACUACGUAUCCACAAAGCACUCUUACAGAGUUUCACGCAGAUUUAUCAAGAAACUUGUACGGAAACCCACACUCAAAAUCUCCAAGUUCACAACUAGCAACCGAUCGUGUGAAUCAAGUACGAAAUCGCGUUUUAAAACACUUUAAUGCGAGCCCUGAACAUUACGAGGUAAUAUUUACAGCGAAUACAACUGCCGCAAUCAAAUUAGUCGGCGAGAUAUUCCCUUGGGCAGCGGGUGAAACUUCUUAUAAAUAUCUUCGUGAAGGGCACACAAGUCUUUUGGGUUUACGCCGUUUCGCGGAAGAGGCUGAUGUCCAUGAAUUGACGGGAAUAACGGAGAACGAAGUGGAAGAGGAUUUGAGAACAUUUAAUAAUUAUCGUACUUCAUCGAAUCCACAUUUCCUUAAUAAUAUUCCACAAGUUGAUUUUGAGGGUCAUACUGAUGGUGUACCAAUUAUCAACAAUGGAGUCACCUAUAAUUUAUUUGCGUAUCCGGCGCAAUGUAAUUUCUCUGGAAUGCGCUUUCCACUUGAUUGGUCUCGAAAGAUAAAGCAAACAUUUAACACUGCCAAUAAAAAAACCUUAGUGCUAUUGGAUGCUGCUGCUUACACAACCUCUUCGCCAUUAUCGUUAGCAGAACCAGAAAAUUCACCUGAUUUUGUUACCAUUAGUUUUUACAAGCUAUUUGGAUAUCCUACUGGUCUUGGCGCAUUGAUUCUUAAAAAGGAAUUGAAUCCAAUUCUGAAAAAAAGAUAUUUUGGAGGUGGUACAGUCACAUCAGUAGUAUGGGAUAUGAACUGGCAGAUGUUUCAUGAUAGGUUAUGUGAACGAUAUGAAGACGGCACAAUCAAUUUCCUAAAUAUCAUUUCACUUGGUCACGCUUUCGACGUUACAGAUCGUCUAUAUGGAGAUUUUAAAAAUAUUCGAGCUCACGUAACUGCAUUAAACAGUUAUCUAUAUCGGGCUAUGUCACAACUCAAACAUUGGAAUGGAGCGCCCUUAUGUUUCAUCAAUUCAGAUCGGGAUUUUUCCGAUAGUUCAAGACAAGGUCCAAUUUUGAGUUUUAAUUUGAAACAUGCGGAUGGUACUUGGAUAGGCUAUCGUGAAAUUGAACGACUGGCUGGCCAAAAUGGAAUACAUGUUCGUGCUGGUGGUCACUGUAAUCCUGGAUCGGUAGCCCGAUGGAUGGGAGUUAAACCCGAGGAGUUUGCAGGCAAAAGUUGUAGCGACGAUCAAGAUGUUGUUAACGGCAAACCAAUUGGUUCUGCUCGAGUAUCUUUGGGUGCAAUGACAACCAUUGAUGAUAUUCUCGUGUGGCUUGACUUCCUUAAAGCAUAUUUCCUUGAAGGAGAACCAACAGUGUCCAAGUAUAAAACUAAGGAUGGCAUUUAUGGUGACCUUAAAAAUCAAGCUACAUUAAAAAAUACAAUUCCGGAAACUAAAAUCUCGCUUGAAACAAUUACCAUAUACCCGAUAAAAUCAUGUCAUGGUUAUACUGUACCAUCCUCAAAAUCAUGGCCUAUCACACCUCAAGGUCUUUUAUAUGAUCGUGAAUGGAUGGUAGUAAACGCAGAAACAGGAGAAGCACUAAAUCAGAAAAGAUUCCCUCGUAUGGCAUUAAUACGACCUCGAAUUCUAAUCGAUGAAGGUGUACUUUUACUCAAAGCCCCCGGUCAAGCACCAUUAAGAAUUUCAUUAGAUGAAUAUCCAAUCCUUGGUGCAUGUACAAAUACAUCACCUUCAUCGUUGAUGUCAGCGACAAAUGAAUCGAAAGUGUGUGGUGAUAAGGUUGACACGCUAUAUUACACUGCACCAAAUAUCAAUGAAUGGUUUUCAAAUUUCCUUGGAUUAACUUGUGUUCUAGCACGACAACCACCAUUUGAUAAUGAUGACGAUAUUAAUAAUAGUAUAAAAAUCCGAAGGCGAUUCAUAAAACCACAUCUUGAAAAAUCGGCAGACGCGCCGAUUUCAUUAACAAAUGAGUCACCAUUCUUGUUAAUAUCUCAGUCCAGUGUCGAUGACCUAAACCAAAAAAUUCGAAGAUCGGGACAUAAGGAAAUCGACGCGUCUUGCUUUAGGGGUAAUUUCCUAGUUAAAGGAACAUUUGGGUAUGAGGAGGAUGAUUGGUCAAUGGUUAGAUUUGGCAAUCAAGUUUUCAAGAUACCCGGACCUUGCAGGCGAUGUCAUAUGGUAACUGUUAAUCAGACAACAGCAGAGAAAACAAGCGAACCUUACCGUACUUUAUCAAAACAUCGAAAAUUUGACGGUAAAAUAUAUUUUGGUGAACACAUGAUUCACGUUCCGGAAUUAUCCGAGGCACCAUACGUAGUUAAACCCGGCAGUCCGAUAGAAAAAUCAUCAAAAUUAUCAAAUUACAUUAUGCCACCUCAUCUAAAAAACACUGAUCGGGAAUAUCACCUUCCCGAACCAAGUAAAUUUCAAACGGAUAAACUUUCUUUCUUAAAAGAAUUUUCAUCGCAAUAUGGUUACGGAGGGAGAAUUGAGCAAAUACGAGAGAAGGAGUAUCCGCAAUUAAAAGGUGAAGUAUAUCUUGAUCAUGCUGGCACAACUACGUAUCCACAAAGCACUCUUACAGAGUUUCACGCAGAUUUAUCAAGAAACUUGUACGGAAACCCACACUCAAAAUCUCCAAGUUCACAACUAGCAACCGAUCGUGUGAAUCAAGUACGAAAUCGCGUUUUAAAACACUUUAAUGCGAGCCCUGAACAUUACGAGGUAAUAUUUACAGCGAAUACAACUGCCGCAAUCAAAUUAGUCGGCGAGAUAUUCCCUUGGGCAGCGGGUGAAACUUCUUAUAAAUAUCUUCGUGAAGGGCACACAAGUCUUUUGGGUUUACGCCGUUUCGCGGAAGAGGCUGAUGUCCAUGAAUUGACGGGAAUAACGGAGAACGAAGUGGAAGAGGAUUUGAGAACAUUUAAUAAUUAUCGUACUUCAUCGAAUCCACAUUUCCUUAAUAAUAUUCCACAAGUUGAUUUUGAGGGUCAUACUGAUGGUGUACCAAUUAUCAACAAUGGAGUCACCUAUAAUUUAUUUGCGUAUCCGGCGCAAUGUAAUUUCUCUGGAAUGCGCUUUCCACUUGAUUGGUCUCGAAAGAUAAAGCAAACAUUUAACACUGCCAAUAAAAAAACCUUAGUGCUAUUGGAUGCUGCUGCUUACACAACCUCUUCGCCAUUAUCGUUAGCAGAACCAGAAAAUUCACCUGAUUUUGUUACCAUUAGUUUUUACAAGCUAUUUGGAUAUCCUACUGGUCUUGGCGCAUUGAUUCUUAAAAAGGAAUUGAAUCCAAUUCUGAAAAAAAGAUAUUUUGGAGGUGGUACAGUCACAUCAGUAGUAUGGGAUAUGAACUGGCAGAUGUUUCAUGAUAGGUUAUGUGAACGAUAUGAAGACGGCACAAUCAAUUUCCUAAAUAUCAUUUCACUUGGUCACGCUUUCGACGUUACAGAUCGUCUAUAUGGAGAUUUUAAAAAUAUUCGAGCUCACGUAACUGCAUUAAACAGUUAUCUAUAUCGGGCUAUGUCACAACUCAAACAUUGGAAUGGAGCGCCCUUAUGUUUCAUCAAUUCAGAUCGGGAUUUUUCCGAUAGUUCAAGACAAGGUCCAAUUUUGAGUUUUAAUUUGAAACAUGCGGAUGGUACUUGGAUAGGCUAUCGUGAAAUUGAACGACUGGCUGGCCAAAAUGGAAUACAUGUUCGUGCUGGUGGUCACUGUAAUCCUGGAUCGGUAGCCCGAUGGAUGGGAGUUAAACCCGAGGAGUUUGCAGGCAAAAGUUGUAGCGACGAUCAAGAUGUUGUUAACGGCAAACCAAUUGGUUCUGCUCGAGUAUCUUUGGGUGCAAUGACAACCAUUGAUGAUAUUCUCGUGUGGCUUGACUUCCUUAAAGCAUAUUUCCUUGAAGGAGAACCAACAGUGUCCAAGUAUAAAACUAAGGAUGGCAUUUAUGGUGACCUUAAAAAUCAAGCUACAUUAAAAAAUACAAUUCCGGAAACUAAAAUCUCGCUUGAAACAAUUACCAUAUACCCGAUAAAAUCAUGUCAUGGUUAUACUGUACCAUCCUCAAAAUCAUGGCCUAUCACACCUCAAGGUCUUUUAUAUGAUCGUGAAUGGAUGGUAGUAAACGCAGAAACAGGAGAAGCACUAAAUCAGAAAAGAUUCCCUCGUAUGGCAUUAAUACGACCUCGAAUUCUAAUCGAUGAAGGUGUACUUUUACUCAAAGCCCCCGGUCAAGCACCAUUAAGAAUUUCAUUAGAUGAAUAUCCAAUCCUUGGUGCAUGUACAAAUACAUCACCUUCAUCGUUGAUGUCAGCGACAAAUGAAUCGAAAGUGUGUGGUGAUAAGGUUGACACGCUAUAUUACACUGCACCAAAUAUCAAUGAAUGGUUUUCAAAUUUCCUUGGAUUAACUUGUGUUCUAGCACGACAACCACCAUUUGAUAAUGAUGACGAUAUUAAUAAUAGUAUAAAAAUCCGAAGGCGAUUCAUAAAACCACAUCUUGAAAAAUCGGCAGACGCGCCGAUUUCAUUAACAAAUGAGUCACCAUUCUUGUUAAUAUCUCAGUCCAGUGUCGAUGACCUAAACCAAAAAAUUCGAAGAUCGGGACAUAAGGAAAUCGACGCGUCUUGCUUUAGGGGUAAUUUCCUAGUUAAAGGAACAUUUGGGUAUGAGGAGGAUGAUUGGUCAAUGGUUAGAUUUGGCAAUCAAGUUUUCAAGAUACCCGGACCUUGCAGGCGAUGUCAUAUGGUAACUGUUAAUCAGACAACAGCAGAGAAAACAAGCGAACCUUACCAUACAUAUCUUUUGUUCCUUUUAUCGAUAUAUAUAUAG